GAGAGGCAGUGAGGGAGGAGGCCAGAGUCUGCACUGCUCACCACUUAAAAAGGAAAGAGAGAGGAGGGGUGAAAGAAGAAAAGGGGAGUAUCCAGUUCUGCCCUUCUGUGCUACUGCAGCCCCCCUCCCACUCAGUAUGAUUUUCUUUUUUCCUCUUUCCCCUUACUCAUCUGUUUCAGUGGCUGUGCUGAGAGGAAGGACACCUGCCGCUCCCUGAUGAUUCAGCUGUUCAGCUGUUUGGAGCUCCACAGACUAGACAGCAUGUCCCUCCUGCCACUGCAGUGCUUGGUUGUCCUGUCCUCUGCACUACAUUUGCCUCUUCCGCAGCUGGCCCAUCACGUCGACACUGCCUUUUCUUCUCAAGUAUUCAGACUGUCUACAUACCCCCCGGACUGUUAGCAAGGUUCCACUCUUUGAAGGGCAUCAUCUCUGAAACCCAGCUCUGACUCUGUGGCCUCAUGAUGGAAAAGAUACUAAAGGACACUGGUGAAAAACUACCAUUGUGUGAUGAUCUGAGUUAAUAGCUAAGGUGGUAAGAAACACUUCUUCAAGCAGUGUGAAAGGAUGACCGAGGGAAUGGAGGAAGUCUCUGCAGGGCCAGCACCCCCGUUUGGAUCAGUCUCCCCCACUGGCUCUACUGUUGAUACUGGGCAAGUCCCAGAAGAGAAACCAGAGGAGACAGAGGCAGCUGGUGAGAGUGGGGAGGAGGCUGUAGAGGGAACUGCAGAAGGAGGUGCUGCUGGUGACGAUGGUGAGCAUGUGGGGGCUUUUGGAAUUGUGACCUUGCCAGAGACCUGCUGUGUGUGCAUAGAGAUGGAACAGAUUAACAAUUGCCUGCACUCUGAGAAAAUCUGCAUCCUGCCCAUCCUGGCCUGUCUGCUUAGCUUAGCCCUCUGCACAGCUGGCCUCAAAUGGGUCUUUGUGGAUAAGAUAUUUGAAUAUGAACCACCCUCACACUUAGACCCUAAGCCUAUUGGACAAGAUCCAAUUAUUAUACCAGUUGAACCCACGCUGGGAAUAAUAGUAUCGCUUCCUCAUGCAACUCCUUCAAAUAUCUCUCUAACCACCACCAUCACCAUUACCCCAGAACAUCCCGAGGGUUCAGUAGAAGAUAAAUCUACACCAUGGCCACAUGUGUCUCAGUCUUCACGAGUGAUUGAACCCUCUGUCACACUGAAAUACAACGCUGAACACGCUACCACCCCAAAGCAGACUUCCCAAUCACAGACACCACAGAAAUCCCACAGCAAUCAUCAAACUAUCUCUACCAUCAGCACCUCCACAACAGCCAAGACCUCAAGUCAUGUUACACGCUGCAGUGACAGUCAGAGGAACUACUGUGUUAAUGGAGGAGAGUGCUUCACCCUUGAAAUUAUGCCGGGUAGUACAAAGUUUCUCUGCAGAUGCUUGGCUGGAUUCACUGGGCACCGAUGUGAACAAGCUGUGCUUAAGAAUGUCUCAGACCCAAAACAAGCUGAGGAGCUGUAUCAGAAACGUAUUUUAACAAUAACAGGAAUCUGCAUUGCACUCCUUGUCGUUGGAAUCAUAUGUGUGGUUGCCUACUGCAAAACCAAGAAGCAGAGAAAGAAACUACGUGACCGUCUGAGGCAAAGUCUAAGGAAUAAGAGGAAGAAUACCAAUACUGGUAUUGACUCCAACGCGGCAAACUCUACCACUGGACGUCCAAAUUCUAACUUGCCUCUUCAAGAUUUGCAGCUUAUCAGUCAACAUAAUGGAAAGACUAUGAAGCAUACGACCGAAAAGGAGACAGAGACGAACUUUUCCACAAGCAAAUAUGCCUUAUCUGCACAUGAUCCCACCACACUCACCAACAUCUCUAGUCAAAGGUUUGUACCUGUGAUGACAACCUUGACCCAGCUGUCUCCAGAGUCACAGAACUCUCCAACAACUCCAGGCUCUCCUCCAUCAGAGAUGUCAGCCCCCCUAUCCAGCCUGGCUAUCUCUGUCCCCUCUGUGACUUUAAGCCCCUCUGGUGAAGAGGAGCGUCCUUUGCUGCGUCAGCUGCACAAGUCUUCAAGCCAGGAUGUACAAAAGAGAACCUCUUCCCACUACAAUCAUGGCCAUGUGGUAGAUAGUUUACCAUCUAGUCCACUGUUCACUAUGGAAAAUGUUGACUACCAAGCCAUACAUGACACCAGAGCUGCCAGCUAUAUGUUUUCAACACCUGAGAAAUCAAUUAACACAAACAACAAUGUUAGUGACUGCAGUAUCAAAAGUGUCACUGGCAAUUUGCUAGAUUAUAUGAGGUCAAAUGGUGACAAACUAAUAAGUGAUACAGAGAAGCUUCAGGAGGAACACACACUCUUCCUUUCUGCAGAUAGCAGUACAGCCCUUUUACUCAGAGCUGUAGAUAGCAGCAGGACUAACCCAGCACCACCAAAUGAUGACCUGCCAGUGAAGUCAUCUAGCCUCAUCAAUCAACAAGAUUCAGUUGCUGCAUAAAGUAAAAAAAAAAUCACAUGGGGGAAAAAAUAUACAGUCAUUAUUAAACCUUUUUUAUUAUUAAACCUUUAUUUUCUAUAAAUUACCAUAAUUUAUUUGCUGUGUAAAGACUUUUAAAGAUAAAUGAAGAAUGAAACUUUUAUUUUAGAGAUGUAGUAAAUAAAGUUUUAUAAAAAAAAAAAAAAAAUUACAAAUGUGGUCAUGUCUUGUAGGUAAAGUGCCAUACGCUAGUAUGUAACAGCAGUUCAUAGUAUAUUUCAGUGCAGAAAAAUAUCAAAAAUAUCAAUGGUGCCUUUCUGUUUAGUAUGCUUAAGGGGCUGUAAUAUUGCAUACUGGGCCAUGUAUCACCAUCUUAUUCUUCCGGUUAAUAAUCUGAAGUUACGUGCUGGCUGCCUUUAGCAUCUUGCAGUUUAAGGCACCCACUGACAUGUGUGAAAUCAAAUGUUAUGGGUUCAAGGUGCAUGCUACGUCCUUAAAUGCUGUGAUGAAAGAAUGAGCAGUUUGUGGUUUCCUCUAUGGACAUUUGACUUGACUUGAUGGUUUUCUUAUCUGAUGUCCUACUUUUAUUACAGUCUUAACAGAUACAUUAUUAAUCAGCUUAUUAUCUGGAUUUCAUGACAGGUGCAGAAAAUGUUACAGAUCAUAAUAAUUUCAUUAAUUGCUGGACUACACUGUGGAUGACCUGCCAGACAUCCUGCCAGAGAAUGAAUAUUGUAGCUGUUAGAUAAAUAUGCAAUCAUUAAAGUCUGCCUCUCCUAGAUGCAUAACAUAUACCCAAAGAGUUUUUUUGUUUUUGUUUGAUUCUAUAUUGAGGUAAAUUUUUCAAGUUUACAAUGUUAAAGAAGUACUGGACUGUGUAGUAUGGCACUCCUAUAACAUUUACAAAAUGGUCAUACUUAAAGAGUAGAGGUCUAAUGUCCUAAGGUCCCUAGUAUGGGUCAAGCUGCAUACUGGAUCUCACAUUUCUCAUAAUCCUUGAAAGUAUCUUUUUAAAAGUUGUAUUUAUUCCAAUGCUGACAGAUAGCCUGACUAAGUAUAAACUGACUCAGUCAAGGUGGUGCACCCAAAGUCUACUAGCGUGAAGACCAGCAAUUCUUUAAAAUGGUAUCUUUAAAUCAAGAAUAUCUAUAAAGUUUAUACUAAGUGAACUACAAGAUCUAUGGCUCAUGUUGUGUGAGUCCAACCAUGUGUUCCAGAGUAAUGCAUUUUGGGGUUUAGACAACUGCAAAAUGUAUACAUGGAGGUCAUCUGCUUUAAUUUAAACCAUAUCUCUGAAAAGCUUGAAACUUAUUUUUCCCCAAAUGCAACUUGUUACAACUUCCAAAGACUUUAUAUGCUUAUGGUUUCAGCUAGUAUAGUUUGUGCAGUCUUAACGCUAUUAAAAGAAAUAUUAUUACCAUACUCAAUAAAAAUCUGCCAAAGACUUCUAGAUCUUAGAUAAAAAUUGAAAAGUAACUCGAAAUGACUAUUGGGCUCUGUAAUCAGCAAUGCUUCCAUAAAAUGUAUGUAUGUAGAUUCAGGAGUCAGUUUAGUGUAUAAAUAGAUAUCAUGACAUAGUUGUGCUGCCCACUGGUCUUUAAAUGUGGCAAGUUUCUGUAUUUUAUAUCUAGAAAUUAUUUAUUUGAUAUUUUGACAUUAAUUAAUUAAUUAUUAUAAUACAGAUAUGUGAAUAAUUAAAGGAAAAAGAACAACGUGAUGUAUUGUAAGGUGUUGGGCUACCACAUGCUGCCUGAACAGCAGCAGUGUGCCUUGUUGUUGAUUUUAUUUUGAGAUUCUGGGACUCUACUGGAUUGAGGGAAUGCAAUUCUUCCAAAACAAAUUCCCUAAUUUGAAAUUUUGAUAACACAGUUGGCAAGCUCUGUCAGCCUAAAAUGGCCCACACGUGUUCCUUCAGUUUGAGAGUAGCUUACUGCAAAGGCCAUAGUGUAUGAUUUGCAUAGUCUUUAUGCGGGCACUGUCAUUCUGGAAAAGACCAUUACCAUGAGGAACGCAGACCCAAUUCAUGUCAGCAAAAUAACCCCUGAGCAUAUCGGAUCCCUUAACUGUAGGAGUCAAGAGUUCAGGUUUUUCCUUAAAUUUUUCACCUGUCUGUAAAUACAUAUAUAUUCAACAGAGUUGAUUUGAAAGAUGCAAGACAUGCAGUCGUUUUAUCUACACAGUUAUUAGUACAAAAGAGAAAGUAAUUACUUGCACAUUCUGUCACUUGUGUGCUUAGCAUAACACAAAGAACAUUGCUUUGAGAUAGGACUGUCUUCAAAUUAUGUAAAUACACCAUAAAAAUCUUCUGCACUGUUGUUUCUCAUUGAAGUUCUGUGUUUUGUGUCUCAGUGUCAUUUUGAGUUGAAAAAAACUAUUUUGGUUCUUCUGUCUCACCACAGAUCAAUACAAAGAAAGUCUUGUCCAGCUGUAAUAAUAAAAAAUAAAAUAUACAUUUCACAUUUGAACAUACAUGUGAACAUGAUUUAUAUGAAAAAUGCUAUGGUUUUUAACAAUUUGGUAUUUCAAUAAGGACAGCUCAUUUGGAAGAUGAUUUAUUGAGAUACAGAAUCUGAUUAAUAAGCUGUUUGGCGAUUAGACUUCGAUGAACCAUCAUGGCAGAACAGCAAUAAGAAUUAGGACAGGACCCUCAGAGGCUAGACGCUGAUGGUGGAGGAGAUGAAGAUGGAGGGCUGUAUGGGGCUCUGAGUGACCAGGGUGAGGGGAAGAUGGAGGGUAGGUGGGUUGCAUGAAUGACAGUCUGAAAGGCAGAAUGACAACAGCACUGAGAUUUAAAGCACACGAAACAGGCUGGGCAGGCAAGAAAAUGACUGGACUAGAGUAAUGAUGUCAGCAUUGCCAGAGUCUGAGUUUGACAGUGUGACAGGAAAGUGGUAGGAAAGAGGAAGUGAAUUAAAGAAUCAACUAGCAGCUGAUACCCCAGGGAAGCAGGCAGGUCAGCGAUUAAUUACAGAUCAUCCUUAUUGAACUUAUGUAUAAUCAAAUAUCAAUAGCUAUAGUGUUUACAUUACACAACUUGGAAAUAAGUCCUGGCUGUACAUUACACUGAAAAUAAAUAUUAACACAAAUUUGCACUCCCUUUACAUACAUCUUACUCUAUAUGCUGAUCAUAAUGCCCUUUUGUUUUCAUGCUGUAUUUUACCUAUGUCUUUGAUACUCCUUAAAUAU